UUCGCUCUCUCGGGUGCGUGCACAGCCACCGCUUACGUCGCUCUGUAAUAGACAGCGAUAAACAACGGCUAGUUGAUUCACCAGUGGGCGCUCGUGCAGUAAAACGCAGACCCUCGGAUUUACAUUUCGUGACUGUGCGCCCGAAUAAUAAUGUUCCACUGUCUAAUCAUCGGCGCAGUGGGAUAUAAAUGUUGAGUCGGUACGGCCGAAAAAAGAUUCAAGCGAGCGACUCGUUCGCUCACCUGCCUUGCGCUUUACAAGCGGCGGCUUUUCGCGGACGCGCGGCGCUUCGUGCGAAAGUGGACAUCGACGGGGCAGCGCGAAACCGCGCUCGGAAUCGCGUUUUCGCUGCGACGUUUGUGCGGGUACACCUAACGCAUCGAUUAUUGAUUCAGUUGCAAAUAGAAGCGAAUGAUAAAUUUAUUAGUAGCGGAGUGAACACCUAUCCCACCGAUAAGACAUCGGUUGGAGCAAAUGAUAAUCUGCAAGUACUAUAUCCUUCGCAUAUGCCGGAUGAGGUGAAACAUCCCAACCAGGUUCCAACAAUGUGUCCUUGGUCAAUCUCGUCACGUGAGAGAUCAAGCAUUGUCACGCAGUAAUCUACCUGGCUGGCGACCUUUCCUUGCAAAGGAAAAGGUAAAACGACCCUGCAAAGGUAAAACGAUCCUGUAAAGAGUCCUAUUAAAGUAACAACU